CCUAGUUCUAUAGGCUACAGGUGAACAACACUAUGGAAAAUUGAUCACCGAGUGGAUACGGAUGAGUGCAAAGGACAGAGGGGCAACAUGGCAGCUAAGUUAACAACACCGUUUUCGAAUAUAGAGCUGCUUAGAAAGACCCAGAAGCUGAUCCAUCUAUAUCGAUCAAGCGAAUGUCUGUGGAAUCCGCAGUCUCCUGGAUACCAUAGUGUUUCUGUAAAGGAGGAUGCUUGGCGAAGGAUAACGCGCCAAAUGAGAUGCGGAUUAACUCCUGACCAGGUGAAGUUGCAGGUUCUCGCUCUUCGGAACUAUUACUCCAAGGAAUGUGAAGCUAUCCGACUUAGUCAACUUGAAGGUUACAAAUAUGUUCCCAGACACUCUUAUUUCGAGGACCUACUCUUCUUGGGUAACCAGCAAAACGAGAACAUAAGAAAGUCCAAUACAAGUUUCAGUAUGGACCAAGACUUUAGCGUCUUGGAGGAUGUAUUCAUCCAAGACGAUAGUAGGACCAUCAAAGCGACUUAUCCGCCGAACUAUUCUGAGGCCACAUUCUGUUAUCCUUCAGUUUCUUUGAGUGAAUGCCCUAGUAAUACAAAACGAGACUACACCUUCUACAAGAUGAUCCUAGAACCUGAACCACCAAACGAGGAGCACAUACAGAACUAUAAAGAAAGAUACACUUCCGGCAAUGAUCGUUGGUAUCCAACUUCUUAUUGCUUGCAAUGCAAGUCAGAGGAGGCAGAUGAUCCCUGUGCAGCGUGCGAGAGAAGAAACCGUUGUUCUAAUUCCAUAAGUAACAGCUGCCUGAAGCCACGAAGUAGUUGCAGAGCUAAGACUACUAACAAGAAACGUUCUCAGGAAGAGUGUCAGUGUGGAAGUCAAUCUCAAGAUAUGUUAAGAAUUAGGCAACAUCGUUCUAAUAGUCAAUGUGGUUGUACAACAAAACGCAGUCCGCGAGCCCAUCAAAGCGGCGUCUUCGUUGAUAUGAGCAACUGGAUUGGUAAUGAGGCCAACAAUAGUGUAUUACCAAGAGAUAGUUGGCCAGGUCCCAGGCUAUGUACUCAAACCCGCAGGGAGUGGAAGCCUCGAUAUCGCAAAGGAAUACCUGACGAAAAUCGAAAAUGUUACAGUGGAAGUUGGAAGCGGAAUAACGAUGCCAUGUGCCAGCAACUUCAGGAAAAGUUGGCAAACCAGGAGAACAAAAGUGGCGGUUGCUCUGAUGAAGGAGGUUCUGGCCAUAGCCGUAACUGCAACUGUCGCCGGCGGUCGGGUAUGGAUCAGCAGAAUGGGAUGCCUUCGCAGAAAAUGAGCCAAGGAAAAAGUGAACCUCAGUCCAUAUCAAAUAAUCCUCCCAAUGAUCCUGGACAGAAUACCAAUAAUCAGCCGAUUUCGGAUCGAUAUUACAACGAUAAUAAUCAGCCAAAUGUUCAACCCAAUCGGUGUAGUAUCUAUGGAUGUCAGUGCAUGUAUUGUAAUCGAAUUGUGGUUCCACCCCAGGAAAACUACUAUCCACCAGAAGCCCUCGACCAGAAUCCUGCGAGUUUCAACCGUAGAAUUCCUCCAGGAAAUCAAGUGGGUCAGGUUCAGCCUUAUAGAGAAAUAGAAUAUUUUAAUGAUUUCGGACGAUCUGGUUAUCCGGAACAACAGCAUGUGUACUGCAUCAAUGCAGAGAAUGCAGACAUGUGGGUACAGGCUCAGGCCACGGAUACAGCUGCCAAUCCUGCCCAGAUGCCAAUGGCGCCGUUAUCAACGUCUUGGCAGGAGGAAAAGAAGGGAGCAUCAUCUCAACCCGGUGACGAGAGCAACCCUUUAACACCCAUCUCCAUCCCACAGCAGGAUCAAAACAAUAUGUAUUCGUCCAAUGCUAAUGCCAGAUCCCACCCCGAACAGGCACUUUCCACAAAAUCAAAUUUGAAUUCACCUCCACAGAAUAUUCUCUUUGUCGAGUGUCCUGCCUAUAAAAACAAACCAAGAACUAAGGACCAAAAAUACCAAUCAAAUAGAGGGAACUACCAAAACCAAGAGCCAGACUAUGAUACCGAUGAGGAAACUUCUAAUUACGUAGAUCGUGCAGCCCAAAGAAAAAAUCGAAAUGAUCAUCAGAGAAGUAGGCCAGAGGAUGAGAAUCGUUCUCGCAGAAGACCAAAUAAACAAGAUUCUGAUCGUCCAACUCAGUUAAAGCAAAACUGUGACGAUGUGAGGUGCCCAGCUAACAGAAGCGAUCGAAAAGAUCAGGCUUCUCAAAGAAGAAAUCGAACUGAUGAAAGAGUUGCAAGUAACCCUGAUUCCAACUAUGAAGAUUCUCCUUUACCACGUCGAAGAAAUGAUGACACCGAGACCCCCAACGAUCAAAAAGUUUUUCAAUUACGGACCGAUGAUUCUGAAUUAAUAGAGUGUCCAGCUUUUAGUGACACAAAUCCCCAAGAGUGUCCGAAUUUGAAAUACAGGCGUGAGGAACCCAGUUGUCAGGAUGGGGAAGAAAGAAUUGCUCAAAGAAAAAGGCCUCCAUCAAGGACUCGGGAUUAUGAGGAGGAACCGAAAUCAAGUCCCAAACGAAGGCAAGAACAAGAUAGAUAUACCAAUAAAAGAUAUACUGGGCAAGACGGUGAAGAUAAUUCGAAACGAUCCCCAAGGAAUCGCAACUUUGAGGAGAAGGCUACGCCAAGUUCUAGAGGAAAAUCUCAAGGCAAAAGUAGAAAUCGUCCCGAAAAUGAAACCUACGAAGAAACGAAUCCAAAUCCGAGGGAUAGAUAUAGUGGUCAAGGAAGGGAAGAUAACUUGCGGUCCAAGACGAAACCAGCUGAUGAAUCUAACAAACCACAAAGACGAAAUGGAGAAUACUGUACUGAUGAAACCUGUCCGUUUAGCAGUUCUAGACAAGAUUUAAAUAGAUCUGGACGGCAACCAAAAAAUAUGAGGGAGGUAGAAGAUCCCAGAUAUGGUUAUGGUGAAAAUCAGAACUCCGGAAGAAAAGAUUUCGGGUGCAAUGAUGACACGUGUCCAUAUGCUGAUACCGGGAAAGCGAAAGAAAUGCCACGAAAACGACGUGAUCAAACGAAUCCUAAAGAGCAGGGUGAAGAAGCAAACGGAGCAAGAAGACGGUAUAGGGAUGAAUCCUCGCCAAGAAGGCAAUUGCGGGAUGGUGAUAAAGCUCAGAAUCAAGGGAAAGGCCGAAGAGAAGUUGGUAAUUAUAGAAAUCAGAGAAAGGAAGUUCCCGCUGAAAUGGAUGACUAUGAAUAUGAGCCAAAUAGUAGGGGUUACGAAUCAAAAAGAUAUAAAAAUACAAACAGCGACUCCGAUAAAGACUUGGAAGUUCGUUCGCCAGUGGAUGAAUUUAACAAGUAUCCUAGAAGUGAAGAAAGAAAUCAACCUCGUAGAUAUGAUGAAAGACAAAGAGAUUACCGCAGUGAAAAUCAAUACAGAAGUAAUAGGAAUGCAGAAGAAUCGGAUUGCUUGUGUGACGAAGACAUGGACUCUGAAGGAUAUGACGCCUAUAAUGGCUAUCCUGUAAUGGAUAAGAGAGAAUAUAAUAGAACUGAAAAAUCUAGAAGACCCAAACAACCUCUGAGUUACGAUAACUCUGAAAGCGAGGAAAGGGAAUACCAUAAGUCGGAUAACAAAAGAGAUAAGAAGCCUACUUAUUCCAGGGGAACUGAUGUAUACUGUAGGUGUAGUGCUGAUGAUUUUCCCAAAACCAAUGAUAGGAAUAUGAAUUCUACACAAAAUAGAAGUACUCGAAAGCCUAGAAAUGAUCAAAGGACUACUGACAAUAUGAGAGAUGGCAAAAAAGAAAGAACCAGAGGAGUCGAAGAAGAGGUUGUGGACUGUGAAUGCAAAUUCGAUGAUGCCAACGCCUAUCAAAAAUAUGUUGCAGAGCCAGAGACUUCCAUUCCCAAUAGAGGCAGAAGAGAUAAGCAAGAUCUGGAUGAUCCUGGAAUAGAUAAUGGAAACGAAAUAGUUAUAUGUGAAUGUGAGCCCGAUGAAGAUUAUAAUUCCAAAUUUGAAAAUAGGAAUACCAACCAAAAUGGUAAUGGUAAUAUAGUCCCUGACGAAGGAUGUUUUUGUGAGCUGAAAAAUGAUCCAAACGAGCCCAAGAUAACUGUCCCAAAGAAACGAAACCAAGCCGGUAGCAUUUGUACGGCACUCAACUUGGAGAAACCCCAGGACGAAACCAAGAAACCCAAACCAUUGGAGUUAUUGAACAGCUUAAAGUUGGAAAGAAAGAUUAAUAAAGCGAAAACAGGAUUAAUCAGUGAUAACCAGCUUCCUCCUGUCAAGAAGAGACCCCGCCCCAAAACUGGAAUAUCCCCUAGAGUGCAGUCCAGAUCCGCCAGCCCCGUUCGCCUUUCUGGAGCUCAGAGGGCUCAGUUAGAAGAACCAAUGAAGCAACGAACCACGACGAAAACUGGAGGUCAAUCCUCCGAGUAUGGCAGCCGUCCUACCCAAAGCGCCGCCAAGAGAACUAUGGACACAAAAGCAGCUGUCAACAGCAAGUUGCCCUUUGACUUAAAAUCGGCCGCUUAUUUUAUUUGCAAAUUACAGGACCACGGUAAUCACCAAAAGUACCUCCUCGUGGUGCCGAAGAAAUCGAUUGGACCAUCCGAUGGCCACCAGAUGGGCCCAGGACAAGCGUCUGUGAAGCAGCUGCACUGCCCCCGGCAGUGCUCCGGCUCUCAGGGCAUGUCCUGGGUCGAUUCGUCGACCGUCAACCAAUCGCAGCCAUCUCGGCCAUCUCAGCAAUCCCAGCCGACGGAGGGUCUCUCAGUACUGGGUUCCUUCAGGGUUCCCUCGGUCCUGGCCAAAACAGCGCUGGACAUCAUCAAUGAGCACCUGAACAUGAAGAGUGUAAUACCAACUCCAGAUGUCAGAGAAUCGAUGCCUCAUCCAAAAAAGAUCCGGCGGUCUGUACUAUAUCGAGCUAUGACAUCAAGACCAAGGAGACCUGUUCUACGGCCAUCCAACAAAGCCAACGUUCCGGUCCUGGACGAGAACAGGACUUUAUUGCUUACCAAUAAUCCCUUUCAAAAUUUGAGUUUCGGCGAUAACGUGCGAGAUGUUAUAGUACUGCAUCCACCGGUUCCUGGUUUUCGACCAUCGAAGAACUCCUUCAGCAAGAUCGAUGUAGAGAUGCAGCACAUCAUAGUCCCAGGCGAAGACACUGAGGCGAUUCCACUGCCACCCAAGCCGCCUACAAAACCCAAGCGAGUGUAUCCUCGGUGAUCAAUCCAUAGCGUAAUGUCCUAACACAUACUUCCUGCCCCUCGAAUCAUAUAAAGAACAGCACCCAACCGAA